AUGCAAGAUCUUGGCAGCAACCUGCAACCUCACAUCUAUAGCUCUGUCCUCGUUGCUCUCAUUAGGAAGAACCAAGUCCCAUUGGCUUUGUCCAUCUUUUUCAAGCUUCUUGAUUCUACUACUGAUGGUUUUGAUUCCAAUACAACCAAUGAAUUGUUGGUUUCUCUUAGGAAAGCAAGCAUGAAGGUGGAGUUCAAACAAGUUUUUGAUAGGCUUAGAGAGAAGAAAGGUUUUUAUUUUGAUACUUGGGGCUACAACAUUUGCAUCUAUGCAUUUGGUUGUUGGGGUGAUCUUGGUGCUUCUUUGACCCUCUUCAAGGAGAUGAAGCUGAAGGAGAAAGAGAAGGAGUUAUUGGAUUAUGGUUCCUGCGGCCACACUUGUUCUCCUGUUGAACUUGAUUUGUGCACUUAUAACAGUCUCAUUAGUGUGCUUUGUAAGGUUGGCAGAGUCAAUGAUGCACUUAAAGUGUUUCAAGAGCUUAAAGAAGGAUCUGGCCAUGAACCUGAUGAGUUCACUUAUAGGAUCCUUGUGCAAGGUUGUUCCAAGACUUACAGAGUACAUGAUGCCACCAUGAUUUUCAAUGAGAUGCAGAAUAAUAGAUUUCGCCCGGAUCCUGUUAUUUAUAAUUCUAUGCUUGAUGGACUCUUCAAGGCUAGAAAGGUUACAGAAGCUUGCCAACUGUUUGAGAAAAUGGUUGAAGAAGGCACGAAGGCAUCUUGCUGGACAUAUAACAUUCUGGUUGAUGGCUUGCUUAAAAAUGGGAGACCUAAAGCUGCAUAUACUCUCUUCUGCGACCUCAAGAAGAAAGGCCAGUUCGUCGAUGGGGUUACUGACGUUAGGAUUUUUGCUAUUACUUACAGCAUCAUUGUGCUGCAAUUUUGUCGAAAGGGUCAACUUGAGGAGGCACUACAAUUGGUGGAAGAGAUGGAAAGCAGAGGUUUUGUUGUUGAUCUCACUACGAUAACAUCGCUCUUGAUUAGCAUUCAUAGACAUGGUCGCUGGGUUUGGACGGACAGGCUUAUGAGGCAUGUGAGGGAGAGUGAUCUGGUGCUUAGUGUUCUCAAGUGGAAAGUUGGAAUGGAGGCUUCUUUGAAGAACCCAAAGAGCAAGAGAAAGAAUUAUUCGCCAAUGUUCCCUUCCAAAGGAGACUUUAGUGACGUCAUGAGCUUCAUAACUAAUGCUCAGGACGUCACCCUUGAUUCACAGCACGAUUCGGAUUUUCAAGACAAGGAGAGUUCCGGUAACAAAUUUGAUGAGUGGUCAUCAUCCCCACACUUGGAUAAAUUGGCCAAGUCCUUGCUUAGCACUUCCCAGCUGUUUACUCCUUCUCGUGCUCAAAGAGUUCAAGAAAAGGGGCCAGAUUCUUUUGAUAUUGAUAUGGUGAAUACUUUCUUGUCUAUAUUCCUGGCCAAGGGAAAGUUGAGCUUGGCUUGCAAGUUAUUUGAAAUUUUCACUGAUGCAGGUGUGGAUCCUGUGAGUUACACUUUUAAUUCUAUGAUGAGCUCCUUUGUCAAAAGGGGUUAUUUCACUGAAGCUUUGGCUAUCCUGAACCAAAUGGGAGAAAACCUUUGCCCAACUGAUAUAGCAACAUACAAUAUGAUAAUUCAAAGUUUAGGAAAGAUGGGAAGAGCAGAUCUGACCAGUGCUAUUCUUGAUAGGCUGCUGAAGCAAGGUGGCUAUCUCGAUGUAGAUAUGUAUAACACACUUAUCAAUGUUCUUGAAAAGGCAGGCCGAAUUGAUGAGGCCAAUAACUUCUUUGAGCAAAUGAAGAGCAGUGGGAUAAAUCCCGAUGUUGUCACAUAUAAUACGUUAAUUGAAAGUCACAGCAAGGCAAGACGGUUGAAGGAUGCGUAUAAGUUCUUGAAAAUGAUGUUGGAUGCUGGGUGUCCUCCUAACCAUGUAACGGACAUGACAUUGGAUUAUCUGGGAAAGGAAAUCGAUAAAAUGAGAUACCAAAAGGCAUCAAUUUUGAGUUUAAUAGAUGACGCUUCUUGA